CCUGUUUAUUUAUGAACUGUUCUUGUAUAACUGGGACCCUAGUUUUAGCCGAAAACACGACUUUUCUGAAAAUAUCCAUGAUUUUACCCUAGAAAGUAUUUGUGGUGUGUCAGACUGUAUUGUAAGCACGGGGAGCACGAGCUAAGAAAUCGUCCUAAAUUUGAAGAUUAAUCAAUUGAAAAGUUUGUGGAAAUUAAAAAAAAACAUAAUGAGGAAGAAUAGUCUUAGAUUCCCUGGAUAAAUCUUUUCGAAACAAAGACAGUCUACCUAAAUUCUAUUUGAAAUAUAUUUGCGCAAAUUUGAUCACAUGCAAUUUGGUCUCUGACGUCACUAAAAGUAGCAGGUGCUGCUACGAUGUGUUCCCACGCUAUGAUCCCCCUCUAAAGUUUGACCUUGUUGAAGAUUGGCGACGCCAUUUUGUGCGAAUGGAAGGAUGGAUCGAAAUCCUUGUGUAAAAGGAUUAAACGCAGCAUAGACAUUCAACUUUAGUUUCCAAGAAAGAGAUCAAGAAUUUGGAUUAUAAAAAUCUUUGGAUAAAUAUUUAUCACACUACAAUAGACAUUGUAUGGACUUAAAGUGCGCUAAAAUAAAGGGAAAAACGAUUGAAUUAUCGGAUAGCAGUCCAAGAAAGAAGACCACUAUUCCUGACUACUCAUCCCACUAAUGAAUAUGGCUCCAAUAGACCCCCAGGCAUUGCUGAAAGCUCUGGCCCCCCUCCUGGGCAAAACAGGGGCAGUUAAAGGGGAGGCUGAAGCCAAGAGAAUCACUGGGCUUAUGAAAGAUGCAUCUAAGCUUGUAAGCAGAUGUGUAUACUUGCAGAUAUUUAAAACUACAACAGAUACCACUGUCUUACAGACGUUCAUAAAGGCUGGAGGCUGGAAUGUACUGAACACUUGGCUCCAGGAUGCAAAGAAUGAGGACAAUGUUCCUUUGCUGAUAGAGCUACUAAAGGUCUAUGUACAGAUGCCAGUGUCUGUGGAACUAUUGAGACAGAACUCUUGUGCUAAGACAAUUAAAGCCCUUGGUAAAGCCACAGAGAAUACACAGUUAAAGGGUCUAGCUGAUGAUAUAGUUGACACCUGGAUGAAGGCAAUUAAAGGCAAUAAGGAGUCUAAUGGUGAUAAGAAAGAUGACAAAGACAAGAAGAAAAAACAUCAUAAGUCUUCUCAUGGUGACAAAUCCUCCCAUAGUGACAAAUCCUCCCAUGGUGACAAAUCCUCCCCACGUGGUGAAAAGUCAUCUAAACAUACCCAUGAAAAAUCAUCAAGCAGUACUAAAGUAGAUAGCAAAAAAUCAGACUCUAAGCAAACCAACAAUAAAAUCCAUAAACAAUCUAGCAAUGACAAAAAUGGAGUAUCAAAUGAUACCAAAAAUGGUGAAAAUUCCAAACCUAGGCCAAAGACGGUUAAAUCUCUACCCCAGAAGUUCAGGUCUCAUGGUCUGGAAGAAGCCUCUGCAAUGAAAUUACUACCCAAGAAAAAACCAGUAGAAGUCAAGGAUAAACUAUCUGUUAAGAGACUAAUAGGAAAUGGUACAUCAUCUAAGGAGCCCCCUGAGAAGAAACAUCGUCCUAUAUCACCAGUACAACUUCCUGACAAGAAGAUCCAACUUCCCAACAAACCUUCACCUGACACAAAGGGAAAAAUACAACUUAUACCACCAAAAAAAUUGCCUCCACAUGAGUUGAAGGAAAGUGUAGGAUUUAUGGCUGCUUUAGAUGUAAUGGUGGCACCAGUGGUCAAAAAGAAGAAGAAAGCAACUAAACAACCCCCAACUCCCACAUCACCUAAUGCCCCCAAAGUUCCCUCAUUCUACAAAGAUACACUGGAAGAUGGAGGUAUGUCACCUACGGAGAAUGGUGAUUCUAACAGUGUCACAGGGGAUGAUGCCAGCACACUCAGUAGUAGGCGCUCUAGUGAAGAAAAAAUGGAUACUUCUGAAAAGGAAGAGGAGGAGUUAGUUAAUGGGAAAAAGAAGAAGCGUGUAUCAUGGGCAGAUGAUUCCAAGCUGCGUCAGAUGCAUUACUUUGAAAUGAAUGAUGAUGAGAGAGUGAAUGUGAAUCGACUGAAAAGUUUUGAAGAAUUGCGUAACUUGGAGAGAGCAAAAGACAAAGAUGUCUUCAAACAGGCGCAUGUAGGAGGUCAGAACGAGGAUACAACAACAAUGGAAUUCAUGAGGUGGUACACCCCUGCUUUAAUAGAUGGCCUCACACCACCCCAGAAUGAACCAGGAUGCAACAGUGAAGAGAAGAAGAUACAGACAGAGAGAGAGGCAACUGUACUUCAAGCAAUAUACUUCAACAAAGCCAUGAUCCCAGAUAGUCCAGCAGAGGCUGACCCUGAAGCUAUAGAACCAAAUCACCACCCUAAGAUUAUUCCACUUGAAGAUGAGUCAAAUCAAGAGGAUGAGCCAUAUAAUCCCGAAGAUACGCAUCCAGUUGUUGAUGCACCCCCUAUGAACACUGGUCUAAACCUACCCCCUGCCAUCCAGGGGGGUGUACUCUCACCAGAGCUUGCCCAACUUGUGGCAAAUAUGCAACAGCAACAACCAAAUCAGCAACAGAUGUCGAGUGGUGAAUCCCCCACUCAAGGAGAUAUCACAGUCAAUAAUGUCAAUAAACUACUGGCAUCCAUGAUGGGAGGACAAAGUUCUGGGGGAAUGUCCCCUAAUCAGGAAAUGAUGCUAACUGAUAAACUGAAGAGCAUGCUGGAGCCAUUCCAAGGACAACUGCCACCCCCUGGGCCAGGCAUGAUGCCACCCCCUGGUUUCAUGGGAAUACCACCCCCUGGUUUCCCUCCAUUUGGUAUGAAUGGUCCUCCCCCUGGUGGUAUGUCACCUCCUCAUAUGCAUGGUCCACCCAUGGGUAUGCAUGGACCUCCCCCAGGUAUGCGUGGCCCAAACCCCAGGGGAGGACGUGGGGGACGUUGGAACAAUCAGGGAUCACGCAGACAGCCUAAACCUUGCGAACACUUUAUGAAAGGACAUUUUGAUCCUCGUGUGAAAAGCAUCAAUUGA